CGCGAGGUUAUCAUAUUAGCUUGGUUAGUUAGCUAGCCGCGAAAAGCCUCAGUGUGUACCCGCUGUUUACAAUUUUCUCCCCUCUUAAAACACUGGAAGGACUGCACAUUGCCGUUUUAUUAUUGUAUUCUCACGUCUGAAAAAAGGGAUAAUCGCCGGACCUUGAGUGCUGCACGGUACGAACUGUGACCAAGCUGUGUCAGUCUUGCUCACGUUUCGCUGUGUCUCCAAUGGCUUCUCCACUUUCCAGGAUCCCAAUGAUGAGUUAUGCUGAAAAGCCUGAAGACAUCACAAAAGAAGAGUGGAUGGACAAAUUAAACAAUGUUCACAUACAGAGGGCGGACAUGAAUCGGCUCAUUAUGAAUUACCUGGUGACAGAGGGAUUCAAAGAGGCUGCAGAGAAGUUUCGGAUGGAGUCUGGGAUCGAGCCAAGCGUGGACCUGGACUCUUUGGAUGAAAGGAUAAAGAUUCGAGAGAUGAUCCUGAAGGGACAGAUACAGGAAGCUAUUGCACUCAUCAACAGCCUACACCCAGAGCUGCUUGACACCAACCGUUACUUGUAUUUCCAUCUGCAGCAGCAACAUUUGAUUGAGUUAAUCAGGCUAAGGGAGACUGAGUCAGCACUGGAGUUCGCCCAAACACAACUGGCCGAGCAGGGGGAAGAGAGUCGCGAGUGUCUCACAGAGAUGGAGAGAACGCUAGCUCUUCUGGCUUUUGACAACCCUGAAGAGUCGCCCUUUGGAGACUUGCUCAACAUGAUGCAACGGCAAAAGGUGUGGAGUGAGGUGAACCAAGCUGUGCUGGACUAUGAAAACAGGGAGUCAACGCCCAAACUUGCUAAACUCCUGAAGUUGCUGCUGUGGGCACAGAAUGAGCUGGACCAGAAGAAGGUGAAAUAUCCCAAAAUGACUGACCUUAGCACGGGAACCAUCGAGGAUCCGAAGUGAACGCAGACACAAACGAGAACAACCACCUUCCACGUCCCCUUAAUUUAUGAUCAGUCAGUGACUGUGUGACAACCAGGUAACAUAUAUGUAUAAACAGAAGCUACAUUGUUUUUCAUGUUUCAUUCAUGAGAGGUAAGACUUCAAUCAUUGUGCAAUCUGUAAAUUGCUGUAUUUGCAAAUUGAAAGAAAUUAUUUAGUUUAAAUACUGAUCCUGGAUUUUUAGAUUGAUCUCAGAUACGAUGAAAUCCAAAUUGCUGUUUUAUAUUUUGUCUAUUGAAAGCAUAAGCUAGACGUAUUAUUUAUUGUGACCAUCAACCCCACAAAGACUUUUAUUUGCUGUUAAAAGAGUAGAUUAUAUUAAUGUUACUACCUUGGUAUGUAAGGAGCCAUAAACUCGGCUCCAAAUGUUGACGGGGGAUCAGAGCUGUAAUUUUUUCAAAUCUAAGAAGCAAACACGAUUUCUCUUUUUCUUUUAGUGAAGAUAUGUUUACAUUGAUAUGACACUGCAAGAAUCAGAAAUAGGUGUGAAAUUUCAUACACAAAAUGUGAGUAUUUUUCAAUUAAAUGGAACUAUACACUUUAUUAAUGUAAUAUAGCGUUACUAAAUGUAAUAUUUUGUUUUUAUUUGGUAUGAUGUUUGAUGGUUUGCUUAAGAAUCCAUUACUUGCUUUCUAAACCUCAAAACUGCCUUGUGUGUGUAUGAGAAGGUGAGAUACGUCCCGACUGAUGAGAGACUGCUUUCAGACUGAGUUUAACACUUUGGGUUUCUUGCGAGCCUACGGCAAGCUCCGCUUCCAGCAUGCUCCAAACAGUCAUGAUUGGUUUUCGUGAAUGGUUUAUGAUCAUAUAGAUGGAGGAGGAAGGGGAGGGGUAUAUGCUAAGAAAGGGCUGCUCCACUAAAGAAAUGUUAACAAAUGACGAGGCAGGUCAAAGCAACUCCAAGUUUAAAUUAUUCAAAUCCUAUUCCGACUGUACCUAAUUCUCCAUUUCAGUGGCUUUGUUUUGCUUGUCAAUAACAAUGAUCGGAAGUGUUUUGAAUAUUAACAGGCAUUUUAAAAACAGUCACAUAUUGAUGAUGUCCAUUUUGCCACUUUUUAAAGCCGUUAGUAUUUUCACUUUAAUUGCAUGUAAGUGUAUCUUUUUUUUGCACUUGUGUUUGUUUACUUUAUUCAUUUGUUUACUUUUUUAAAAAAUAAAAAACUUGCUGCUAGUUGUUCAUUCAUAAUUUAUUUUUAGUUUGUAUUGUCUUUAUAGUUACUGGCAAAUACUGAGUCCCAGAGAGCUCAUGUCUCUUUUAUUAUUCAACAUUUUUAAGAUCAGAUUUGCAAUUAUUGAAAUAAACAAAACUUUUGUGAACCA